GAAAUUCAAGUUUCUCUACAGAAUUUCGAUUUCAGCUGAAGAUUCUCUCGAUUUUGUGGUUUUGACUUUUUUUUUUGUUUGGUGAAAGAUUUGGAUCAAUGGGGGUAGAUUACUACAAUGUGCUAAAAGUGAAUCGAAACGCUAACGAAGAUGAUCUGAAGAAGUCUUACCGGAGAAUGGCUAUGAAAUGGCACCCUGACAAAAACCCUACGACCAAGAAAGAAGCUGAAGCUAAGUUCAAGCAGAUCUCUGAAGCUUAUGACGUCUUGAGCGAUCCUCAGAGACGUCAGAUCUACGAUCAGUACGGUGAAGAAGGUCUUAAAUCCACCGAUUUACCUACUGCGGCGGAGACGGCGGCGCAUCAGCAGCAGCGGAGCUACUCUUCUAGCAACUCUGAGUUUCGGUAUUAUCCGCGUGAUGCUGAAGAUAUCUUUGCUGAGUUUUUCGGCGAAUCCGGAGAUACUUUUGGCGGAGGGAGUAGCGGAAGGACACGUGGAGAUGGCGGUGACGGUGGUGGCCGGAGAUUCAAAAGUGCAGAAGCAGGGAGCCAGGCUAAUAGAAAGACGCCGCCGGCGAACAAAAAGACGACGCCGCCGGCGAAUAGGAAGGCGCCGGCUAUUGAGAGUAAAUUGGCUUGCACACUGGAGGAGCUCUACAAAGGUGCCAAGAAGAAGAUGCGCAUUUCUCGCGUUGUGCCCGAUGAUUUUGGAAAGCCAAAGACUGUCCAAGAGAUUUUGAAGAUAGACAUAAAACCAGGUUGGAAGAAAGGCACAAAGAUAACUUUCCCAGAGAAAGGCAAUCAAGAACCUGGUGUCACUCCCGCAGAUCUCAUAUUCGUGGUUGACGAGAAACCGCAUUCGGUAUUCAAAAGAGACGGUAACGAUCUGAUUCUCGAGAAGAAAGUCUCUCUUAUAGAUGCUUUAACGGGCCUCACCAUUAGCGUAACCACUCUAGACGGGAGGAACCUAACGAUCCCGGUUCUGGAUAUCGUAAAACCGGGUCAGGAGAUUGUGAUCCCAAAUGAAGGAAUGCCUACUAAAGACCCUUUGAAGAGAGGAGACCUCAGAGUCAACUUUGAGAUCUUGUUCCCGUCAAGACUAACGUCAGAACAGAAGAAUGACCUCAAGAGAGUUCUUGGUGGAAGCUGAUGAGUUUACAUUUAGUUUUCAAGUAAGCUAUUGAUCUUCUUUAACAACGGAUUCCACAGGAAGCUGAUAGUCAAUUCAGUGUACAUACAUGUACGUUUUUCCUUUGUAAACUUCUUGUGUUAUAAGAAAGACUAAAAACCCGAAUCGAAUAAGACUGGAUAUCGGAGAUCUAAUAAUGGCUGCCACAGACAGAACAGAUCGUUUUGAAGUAGCACUUGGCCUAUUUGACUCUGUAUGAGUAGUGAAAGAGGAACAGAGAGAUAGUAAUUGGUAUGAAAAGCAAAGAUAGAAGCUAGAAGUUUUCUUGGUGUAAUUUGGUUUUGUGGGGAUGCUCCUAUGUUAAUUAAUAUGUAUUCUGGUUUCAUAAGGCUCUGUGUAGACCGUGAAGUAUGUCUAUGUGUUGGGUUAAGUCUUUUCUAGAAACUGUGUAGCCUUGUAAAGGAGAGACAUUGAGAUUCCUGUUUUGUUCUUCAAAUUAGUGAGUGAAAUGUCUCGUUUGCUUUCUCUUGUUCAGCUCAUGAGAAUAUUGCGA